UCCGCGUUCCCCGACGCACCAGCAGCUCAAGCACCUAAUAGCUCCUGCAGCUCGACUAGCGGUCCUCAGCAUGCCACAUCCGGCGUCGGUGGGAAUAGUCAGCCUGUCAACAGCUGCCUUGCCCAAGUCCAAGUAAAAAAUUUAUUAUAUUCUGUACAAUUAAUGCUUCCCUCCAAUACGACCAUUACUCCAUUUUUGUCAUGUAUACACAGCUUGCAGCGUGCACCAGCAUAUAGCCCUGUAGGCGGAGGAGGCGUCUGGGGAUCAGCAGGCUCCAAUAUGACAGCGUCGUCAAUCCGCGCUUUGAAUCGUUUUGGGCCCAGCAAAGGGGACAGGCUUAGUGGCUCCAUGCCUGGAGUGAGAGAAUCGGGGAAACCAAUUUAUAUUUUUUUACUGGCUUCUUCUGCUUUUGUCCUUUUCUCCUCACCCGAAUUUCUAUUUUUCAAAGAGCGAAGCUGUUUUACUCUCUUCACCCCCUACUGCUCACUCUAUUCCUCCUCAGUCUGGACACGCGCUAUCCCCUUUCUGCGGUUGAGCCCGGGUAUUCUGCAUUCCACACAAAAAGAACACUACUAGUUGUCAAUUUCGCCGCUUCGCGUUUUCAUAUACAUAGCAGACACACGGGCUGUACUUGCGCAUUGAUACAUCAGCCAUGACUGGAAGCGACCACAAAAAGCAGGGCCUGAAGAGUAAGUGGAUGCACGGCCAAUACGGGGCUAUAGCA